AAGAACAAUCCCAAAACCCAAUAAAAAUAAAAUGAAAUUCAGCUAAGUAAGAAGAAUACGGGUAUAUAACCUUACAAACAGCGAGAACGAUAGAGGCCUCAUAAAAAACAAAAACAAACGGCUUGCAUAUUAUAAAAUGUGUGAAUAAUUUUUGAGUGAAAAAAAAAUCUUAUAAAUAGCCCAAGAAUACUCGGUGGCGGAGGUGUGUCGGAUGUCGUCCUUAUUGCAUCAGCAAUUGACUUUAGAAAAAUUACUUGAAACAAUACCUCAUUCGGGUGCCGUGUUACCCCCGUCGCCGGCUCUAUCGCCCGUACCCCAGCUGGCUUCUACAUUUGCUACUCUUCCCAUCAGUAGUAACACGUCCAGAUCAGCGACACUAACUGCAGCUGGUAAUCCAGCCCCAUCAGAACAGCCACUGCUUUGGACCGAUACUACGCAAAUGACUGCAGUGAAAACGUUGACUCCUGAUGGAACCGACUAUGUUGUGGCAGCCACUGUUAGCAAAAAGAGUAACGAAAGUAGCAAUACUGAUAAUGGCAAAAACAUUAGCAGUGACACCAGCAAAUUGCUUGAUUCAAAAUUUCUUGCAUUCGAUUUGAUUCUCAAUGACCCACCCGUCGUCCAUGGAUUGCAGAAGCCAAAAGAUAUGAACGAUUGCAAUAAUCUUGUUGCAUCAACGCUUUUACGGUCGCAAUUACAGUUAACACCAGCAACCUCGGGUCCGGAAAAAGUGGUACCACCAUCUUCCAUCACCAAUACAAAUAAACUGAAUGUUAUUGGCAUUAGCCGCUCAGCAGUUUCGGACGAGCAUAUGGUACAUGUACAGCAUUCUAGCUACAACUCAAUGUCUACUACACGCAGUAUACGGGGACAGAAUCCACAUUCUCGUUUUAAGCGAGAGUUCAAAGCUGAAUCAGUGCCACCUGACUACAUUAAUCACCAUCAGCAGAAACAAUAUCUCCCAAGUACUGAAGUGGGGCCAUGCAAUGAAACCGAAUUGGCGGCAAAGUCGAAAAGUAUUACAAAUACCCUAUCUUCAGCAAACACAAAACCAAAAAAUAUUGUCGUAAGCAGUACAGAUUCCCUUUAUGAAAGCAGCGAAGGUGACGGUCAAUGUGUCGCUGACAUUGAAACUGAAGACACCAGCCCGUAUUUGUACGAUGAAGUUUUGAAUGAUCGAGUGUCAAGUGUUGCAUUUAAACAUUUACCCCCAUCAACAGUAACAGCUUCGGACACACGUUUGGAACAAGCUCCCACGUCAGAAAGCGGCUCCAUCGAGCAGAAAAAUAUUAACCACACUGAAGAGGCUGUUAGCGAACAUAACCUUUUUCUUCCAACGAAUGAUCUUACUGAGCCCACCACCGCAAUUAUAGAUAAAAAGAGCCAACUGCUGGCUCGACUUUUUGCUACAGAUCUAGUUAUUCCGAGAUGUUAUCAGCGUUUAAAUGCUUAUUCAUCACCAAGCGUAUGCAAUAGAAGCUUACAUCAUUCACUUUUUAUUCCCACCGAGCUUGCAGGAGACGCACUUGAGCAUAGAACUAAUAGCAGGAUUACGAGCACGAAUGCAGAUAUGAACGGAAUUGUGUUAGAAAAGGAUGAAACUGAUACUGCCAUGCCCGCUCCAUUAAAGGCCAAUUACCUAAGGCCUAUGGUGUCAACAACUGAGGCGGGCGAGCAGCCAGCAUCUACUGCAGCAUUCACAUUGUUAACGGAAAUAUUUUUGAGGCAGCAUGAUUAUCAGCAGCAACAAAAACAGCGACAACAACUACUCUCCUCUGCGGCAAAUACGGCAAAUGUUAUGUCAAAUUUGCAAAGAGAUGAAUUAAGUAAGCUAUCAGUAGCAGUACAGCCGCAAUCCCAGCAAUUACAACUGCCUUUGCAAUUACCAUUAUCCUUGUCUCUACCUCUACCAUUUUUACCUAUCCUUGGUAAUAAUAACACUUUGCGGACAAAGAAUGCUUCUUACGAUAUUCCGGCUUUUUUAUAUGGUAACCCAAACAGGGAGUACAAAGAGCGGACAUAUGUAAAGACCCCGCCACAAACGAACGAGCAGCAACUGUGGGGACAUCCGGAGAAACAAGACUCAAACCAGUUAUUGGACACACAAUUAUUAUGUUCCCGAGUGCUGCGCACGAAUGCAUCAACAUUAUCGGAUCAUUUGCGAAAGGGCGAGUUUCACUUUAUAGACUAUGCUCCCACCGUUCUAAAACCUAGCUCUGACCCGAGCAGUACAUUGUUUUCGACGCAUAGUUUCAACAACAAUCGCAAUAAUUUGUUGAGCACCAAUGGCAACGAUAGCAGCAACAGUAGUACUUCCUAUAAUACUUUAAACCUUUCAUCAACACAAACUGGGGCGUUCCACUCCUCAACACCGUCAAAUUUACCCACCGAAAUUACCAGUGAUGGCUGCAAUCGCACUACGCCCAUCCCUAGCCCCACCAUCAAUAACACAAAAUUAAACGGCAACGAGCUAUUAUCUGCACAAGAAAUGGCACUUUCGGAAGCGCAACUGCAUCUCGAUAAGUUCUUAGAACUUAGCAAAACGUUUGUUGAGCUAGCCAUACGGAACUCAUCCGUUGAACUAAUAUCGUGCAUUGUCCCGCUUAUCAAAGAGAAUAUGCAACAACGGAAGCAAUUGAUUGACUGCAUUCAUUCCCAGGUAAACCAACUAAAGCAUCAAUGCGCCAGUGCAAAUAUCUAUUGCGAACGCGCAAUGAGACGACGGCAGUUAUCUGAAAUAAAAUUACAAUCGCAGGCACGGCAACGAACACUUGGUUAUAUAUCGAAUAAGAUAGCCACAGCAUCUGCAAUCGCAGCAACAGCAGCAGCGGCCGAAUCGCAUCCACUGCCACCACCAUUGUAUAUUAAAACCGAGCUCAUGCAUCAAGAGAAUGUGAGCGAGAGUGGUAAAAGCGAGGCAGAUGAUAAAGAAUAUGGGAUUCAAUCUGCAAUAAACACAAAGCGUACGUUGGUAGAAAUAGAGGAUGGUAUCGAGAGAUACGUUAAAGCAUUUUUCAAACAAAAUUGCAAUGAAAGUGAAGUAAAAAAUGACGAAAACAAUGUUAUGCAAAGUAAAGAUAAUGACGAAAAAGCCAAAGAUUUCAUUAAGAGUUCUAAUAAUAAAGAGGAGAAUGAUUUUGAGCCAAAUUGUGACGAAUCCCAUGAAAAAUUAGGCAGAAAGCAAAUGCCCACAUUUGGUACCGAAGACGAUGUUAAUACACGUCUAUCACCAGUGUCACCCAUAUGCUUUUGGCACCCAGAUAAUCGAGGCCUGAGCGUAAAUGAGCGUGCGCUAACUACUGCUGAGAUUAUACUAGAAUGUGCGGCUUUGGCGGUUCAAACGAAUAUGCGCGAUCCCGAUGCAGCAUUAAAUGCCAUGACUGAGAGUUCCUUCACCACUGAGCGAGAAGGACGACAAAUGCGAGAUUGCAAUCUAGAAUACACGUCUGUAAAUAGGGAACUAUUUCAAGAAUCGUUUUCAACGGCGGUAACGGCAGCGGGAAUAUCAAAUACUGAUUUGGUGUUGCAAUUCAAUCCAUGCAAUAACACCGAUGGGGCCGGUACAUUGAAAGGGUCCAGAGAUAAAAGUCCACCACUUGUGUUACAUAUGUCGGCGCCAACGUUGAUGAGCUCACCAAUACCCUCGAACACAUCCACUUUAAUGCCGACGGUGACACCUGUAUCGACGCCAAUAACACCACCUACGCCUCCUUUGAGCACAAUUGGGUCUACUGUUGCUGCAAAAAGUCGUCGAAAAUCAAAUUAUGCACGACGCAUUGAAGCAACCACCACUCUGACUACUGCUAAACACAUAACCAAAAAAAACACUUUUUUUGGUAACCAAAACCCACAUACUCUAAUACAGCACUACAGCAAAAACUGUAGCAAAGGCAAUGUUGGAGAUAACAAUAGUGGCGUCAAACGAUAUCAAGGCGAGCAAGCAAGUACUCUACCAGAAAAAGGGUUCACAAACCAUGAUACCUCGCCAAAGGUAGCAUCCGAAUCGACAUCAGCAGCAACUAUUAAUCAGAAUAACCUGCAACAGAAAAAACACUAUACACUCCAGAAACAACCGGAACCACAGCAGCAGCACCAAAACCAAUUCAGUGGGGCCAAUGACAACAGUAAUAACGGUAUAUAUGGCAUACACGGUUCAGGAGGCAAUACGCCCAACGCGAGCGCAACAGCUGCAGCAGCAGUCGUGGCACUGCAGGAGCGAGCUUUCACCGAUAUUUUUAAAGCACGCUUUAACGCGCUCACCGCAGCCGCUGUAAUGAAUGCUACAGUCAGCAUAUCGGCGGCAGCUGCCGCCGCAGCAGCAGUAAAUGCAACACACGCCCCAGAUGGGCCUUACGACUUAAGCAUCACAAAAAAAUCCAAUCAAACAAACUUGGAUACAAAAAUAUCAGCAGCCAAUCCCCAAGGAAACGAGUGCAAAGACAAUUCAAAUGAAAAGAAGAAACCCCAUAUCAAAAAGCCGCUGAAUGCGUUCAUGCUCUACAUGAAAGAGAUGCGUGCCAAAGUGGUAGCUGAGUGUACACUGAAAGAGUCAGCGGCGAUAAAUCAAAUACUUGGUCGAAGGUGGCAUGAACUUAGUCGUGACGAUCAAAGUAAAUAUUACGAAAAAGCGCGGCAAGAGCGCCAGUUGCAUAUGGAAUUGUACCCAGGGUGGAGCGCACGGGACAACUACGGUUAUGUUUCGAAAAAGAAAAAACGUAAAAAAGACCGAUCGCCCGCGGACUCGGGAGGUAAUAAUAUGAAAAAAUGCCGUGCUCGUUUUGGUUUAGAUCAACAGAACCAGUGGUGCAAGCCCUGCAGAUAUUAAAUGCGAUCCCUACAAGAAAACUGACCAUGCUGUGACCCCUCAAUUCCCCACGAAAUUCUAAGGCAAAUUUAUUACUUAAUUAUUAACAGAAAUACAUUUUCAGGUUUUGAAAUUAUAAUUUCAUAAAAUACAGAUUUUAAUUUCCCACCAAAUUUAUGGGCAAUACGAAAAGUAUGAUGCACGAACACACUAUGGUGUCAACAUUCAUUUUCAACACAUACUAUAUGUAGGUCUCUUAAUGCACUUAUUUGUGUCCCACUUUGCUCAGUGGGAUUACUUUUUCAAAGCCAUAAAAUAAAUGUUUAUUAAUGAUGUGCGAUGAAUUAAAUGAUUUUUUUAGUGUAGUUUCGGUCAUUGGCCUUUUUCUUGUGGGGAUAGCUCUUGAUGAUGUCUCUGAGAAAGAAAUAUUUCUAAAAUUUUGUACAAUAAAAAUUCAGAAAAUUGUAUAAAAAGUUCAGCAUAGAGGAGUGUGGUCUAGGUUUGGACGCUGUCUACGGCGGGGCACAACAUUCAUUCUAUUAUUUCAUACUAGCGCCAUCUUUGUUGAAGUACAAAUCUUUACAAGAUAAUACAACUUGAGACGAUCGGGAAAAAAUACACUAGCAAACAAACAUACAAAUCAAACUGCUUAGUAAACUUGUUUGUCGAAUUUGUCUUAAAUUUUUUUCCCCCCGUAAAGCAUAAAAAAUACAUAAAAAAGGACUCCAGAAACACUGAGUUGCUGCCGAAUUAACAAACAAAGCAACUACCAAAGUAUUAAUCAAAACGAUUAUUAAAGAAUCGAUGCCUCGCUGCUUUAACUGAAUUAAUUCGAUAGCUUGCAUCGACAGGAAGCUAAAGAUUUAAUUUUCUAUUCACAAUGGAAAACUUAAUAUGUCGAAUUUUUUAUUUAGAUUUUUUUGGCCUUUUUAUAACAUUAGUUAUGUAGAGAAUCUUUUACCAAAUACCUUUUCUGUAUAUGUUGAAUAAAAUGAAGUAACAAAUUUGGUCAAAAGCAUUAUACGGAGGGCUUUUUACUUAAUUUUAUAAGUCGCUGACGAAUUUGUUAGCGAUUUAACCCCUUUUCCUUCAUUUCCAGCUCAUUUUUAAUUAUUUUUCAUUAUAUUUAAUUGAUUUUGUCUUAAACGAUUUGCAAUAAUCGGAAAAAAUAUUCCAUUAAUAGAGCUUUCAAACCAUAUGAGACAAAACGUGUAACUCGACCUACAUAGGUAGUUAUGCGCAAAAGUUUAUAAGUCUUCUACUUAUAAUUGCCGAAUAUAUCGUAUAUCGUAACAAAAGUCGUUGCUUAAAAAAAUUACAAUUAGGAAUAGGCGGUGGAUGUGGCAAUGUUUUUUACUCUUGUUAGAAGAUUACCCGCUGAUCCCGAUCCCUUACCAUUUUAUCAUAUUAAUUCGUCGAAUGAUUAACUAAUUCCUACCAAAUAACUGUUUAUGUGGGUGAGAUGUAAUUCAUGUUACAAAAUAAUGAAAUUUGGCACGCACCUGGAUAGGAGAUUUACUUAGAGAACAAACACAUUUACAAAACGCAAGAUUCUCGGUCUGAAUCUCAGAAAUCUACAUUAUAUAAACCGACAAUAUCAAUUAUGAAUUUACAAUGAAGUACAUAAAGCCGAUCUGCACUUUAACAUUAUUUUGCAUACUUUAACAUUAGUUUUUGUCCACUUAUGAAGUGAUUUUUAAUCACUUUAUAUAUAAAGGGUGAUUUUUUAGUUUUAUAUAUGUAUAUAAUUGGCGCGUGCCCCCCUUUUGGGUGUUUGACCGAGCACCUCCUCCUAUUUGUGGUGUGCGUCUUGAUGUUGUUCCACAAAUGGAGGAACCUAGAGUUUCAAGCCGACUCCGAACGGCAGAUAUUUUUAUGAGGAGCUUUUUCAUGGCAGAAAUUCACUCGGAGUUUUGCCAUUGCCUGCCGAGGGGCGACCGCUAUUAGAAAAAUGUUUUUCUUAAUUUUGGUGUUUCACCGAGAUUCGAACCAACGAUCUCUCUGUGAAUUCCGAAUGGAUCGUCGCCGUUCGCAGCAAUUGGGCCUCUGUUACUCAGCAACGUGGAAAAUUUUGCGAAAGGAUUGAGGUGUGAAGCUUUUCCAUAUACAGUUGGUGCAAGAAUUUUUUUAUAUUUUUUAUUUUAUUUUUUUUACAUUGCGACUAGUUACAAAGACAAAUUUUAUUAACUAACGAGCAAUUUGUUUAGAAUUUAAAAAAUAAGGUAUAUACAACAAUUAACGCUAAGGUGUGGUUAGUACAUUAAAUCUUUGGGCUUUUUGCGUUUCAGUCUUCUUCUCCAAUUAGCUGGAUUAACAAGAAUAGAGGCCUCCGUAUUAACGUGGUUUUUUAAUCUUUCAUCGUGGGCUUUUGCUAUCUUUUUUAUUGUGUCUGCCACCGAGUCAAUAUUUAGGUCGCGCUCAAGAUCGGAGCUACGGAUAUACCACGGAGCACCGACUGCAUAUUUAAUAAUUUUAUUUGAGAGCCUUUGUAUAGAUUGAAUGUUACUUUUGCUGGAGCAGCCCCAUAAACGUGCGCCGUAGGACCAUACAGGCUUCAGAAUUUGUUUGUAUACAAUCAUUUUAUUAUUGGUGGAUAGUGCUGAUUCCUUUCCCAUAAGUCAAUACAUAUUUCUGUAUUUUAAUUCCAUUUCUUCUUUCUUUUUCUUUACAUGGGCGUUCCAUCUUAGCUUGGCGUCUAGAGUCAUGCCCAGAUACUUUGUAGUAUUUGAGUAUGGAACCUGUCUACCAUUUAAAUAUAUUGGAACAUAUUUGAUUUUGUUUUGGGUGAAAUUUAUAUGCACAGACUUGCAUUCAUUUAAUUUAAUAUGCCAUUUAUUGGUCCAGUCAUAUAUUUCAUUUAUGGCUAAUUGUAAUUGUGAUGUCCAUGUGUUUUUCGUGUUUCCUAUCGAAAGAAUAGCUGUAUCGUCGGUAGCUGUUACGCAGUUUGAAUUGCAUGGCAGAUCGCAUGUAAAGAGCAAAUACAAUAAAGGGCCAAGUACGCUUCCCUGGAGAACCCCUGCUUUGAUUGGUUUGAGACAUAAAUAUGAAUCUUCUUGUUUUACUCUGAAGUAAAGGUCGGAUAAAUACGAAUGUAGGAUGGUGAAGUACUGCUUGGGUAGCAACGCAUUUAUUUUCUUCUGUAGCCCAUAGUGGCAUAGUUUGUCGAACGCCUUGGAUAUAUCAAGGAAUACCGCAGAGCAGGUUUUUCUUUCUUCAAAAACAUUUUCUAUUAUUCGCACUAUCCUAUGUACUUGAUCGAUAGUCGAGUACUGGUGCGGGAUCCAAAUUGGUGCGUCGGUAUAAUUUUCUUGUUUUCUAUUAUUAUGUUGAUCCUUUUGAUUAACAAUUUUUCCACCAUUUUCGAUAGUAUUGGAAGAAGCGAGAUAGGCCUGUAUGAUGUUACAUCAUGAAUAUCUUUACCUGGCUUAUUGAACAUAACGACUUCCGCUGUUUUUCAUAUUAUUGGAAAAUAUUUUAGCUUAAAUGUGGUUUUGACGAUAUUCGUCAAUACAGCAAUAAUAUUGUUCGGGAGCUGUUUCAAUAUUUCAGUAGUAAUAAGGUCGUAGCCUGGCGAUUUUUUUAUCUUUAGAUAUGAAAUUUCUUCUAAUAUUUCGUCUUGUGAAGCCGGAGGGAUCUCAUUUAUAGCAUUGCUAUCGAAUGCAUAUGGUGUGAACUUCACCUCGAGGUAGUUUGCGAAUGUAUCUGC